CAGUGUUGUACAAGUAUGACGUCACGACAAAGUAUUAAUAGUCGGCCUCGUUGCCCUCUGUGAUAGAAAACGUUUUCGGAGGUUCCCGUUUUGUAGGUGUUGUCUUCGUGAUUAGUUUCACGCUCAACUAAAGUCGAAAAGCUAGUACAGAAUGGCCCGUACCAAGCAGACUGCUCGUAAAUCUACUGGAGGAAAAGCGCCAAGGAAGCAGCUUGCUACCAAGGCCGCCAGGAAGAGUGCGCCAUCCACGGGAGGCGUGAAGAAACCCCAUCGUUACAGGCCUGGAACUGUGGCUCUGAGGGAGAUCCGUCGCUACCAGAAGUCCACUGAGCUGUUGAUCCGCAAACUCCCCUUUCAGCGCCUGGUGAGGGAAAUUGCUCAGGAUUUCAAGACUGACUUGCGCUUCCAGAGUGCUGCUAUUGGCGCUCUUCAGGAAGCCAGUGAGGCCUACCUUGUGGGUCUGUUUGAGGACACAAACCUGUGCGCAAUCCAUGCCAAGCGUGUCACCAUCAUGCCCAAAGACAUCCAGCUGGCACGUAGGAUAAGGGGAGAGAGGGCCUAAGUGGCUAGUGACUGCAUUGUCAUGACAAAUGAUCCUAUUUAUCAUACUUAACCAUUUUGUGGACUCUUAUUUUCUUGGCUUUUUUUUUUUUUUAAAAGUUUCUUUUUUACUUUUUUGUUUGUUUGUUUUUUAGGGUUGACACAAAUCAAUCAUUCCGCAAGUGUGAGCCCCUUGCAGACAUACAGCUGUCUAUCAUUAGAUAUGGACCAGGUUUGCUCUGUCCCAGCUUCAUUAAUGCAAGCAAUGGUUGAGAGCAAGCUAUCAUGCAUAUGAUUGUCCUCUGAGCAAAAGGGUUGUUGCUAUAAAUGCAAUACGAACUAUCAGCACUGACUAAAGUGUAGCUACUGUUUGAAACAAUAAGUUCUCCAUUGUCACAAAGGGGCAAAGCCCAACAAUAUCCUCCGAUAGCCAAUUGCUCUGCAUCCCACUUCUAUUCAGUUGGAGCUCAUCCCUAGGAAUUCCUAUUGUACCUUGCUGUGGUGGGAUUGGGCAGCAGCAUUAUUCUCGGGAGCUGAGCAACUCCCAAAGCUGCACAAGCAGUUGUAAUCUUGUGCGCCCAUCUGAUAACGAAGUUCACUUUGAGAAUGAGAUUUACAUGUCACUACACAAACUUUUGUGCUCACUCAAAGUACCAUCAAUGGGGACAGAGUUUGUCUGAAGGGGGCUUCAGAUUAUCCAUUGUGGGUCAUAUCAUAAGAUGUAACAUCACUUGACUUUAAACUUGUUGUGGGUGCCCGGCUCCUUCUGGGAAUGGGUGCCAUCUUCCAUGGGGGGCAGGAUUUUUAAUCCAUUUACCACAAAAUGCCAGCAUGUCAUGCUCAAUAAGGCCUAGUGUCGGGUGUUGGCUACCUCAGUUGAUUCUCUAUACUUGGUAACAAAGAGCAUGGCAGACCCCUGCAUAUAUUCUUGAUGGCUUUUUAACAUGUUUUUUCCAACAUAAAAUCUUGGCAGCUACAUUUAAUACUAUUUAUGAAAUGUUGUCACAUGUCUUUCUAUUAAAGGUCUUUAUGAGUAGUAA